UUAUAUAAAUGGUUAUUGAAAUAUAAAUAAUAUGAAAAACAAACUUUUUUUUGUAAUAAUGUUAACACUGCCUCCUUUGUAUAACUCAAUGUUACGAAUAUUAACCUAUGAUCAUUUAUCAAAUUUAAGAUCAUCAACUUCGUCUAUCAAGAAUUCAACGGAAUUUUCUAGUACCAAUUCAUCAAAAAAUCAUGAAAACGGAGCAAAACAUGAAGGUACUACAAUUAAGUACAAUGAUACUCAAACAGACAAUAUAAAUAAGUUCCUGGAUGCGAUAAAACAAAAAAUUAAAAACAUUACAAAAAUUAACAACAAAAAAACUAAUUCACAAACUGAAACAUCCAAACAUUCAACAUAUAAAGUAGUAAAAUUAAACCAUCAAUGUUGUCAUCAUGGCAAGAUUUGUGCAUAUUGUAAUUCUAAUUAUUGCAACACCAAGGAUAAAAACACCAAACACUGUUGCUUUAAAUAUUGCAAAAAUUGUCAAUGUUGUUGAAUUAUUCAUAAACUUUAUAGUUAGGUAUGAUUUAUAAUAUUGGUUUUAAAAAAAAAAAUAUUAUUUGUUUCUCAUUUAAAGAAUAAGAAAAUAUAU